AUGGCCGCCAUCCAUUCCGUGCGCAUCCUCGGCCACGAAGAACGCUCAUCUCCAAAGACCCAUGUCGUAUACAAGAUAGAAGUGCAAGCCUCUGUUCGCUCCUGGUUAAUGUGGAGGCGUUACUCUGAAUUCGAUGAUCUGCACACGGAACUCUCGAGAUCAGUCGGGGAUCCUCCUCCGCAUCCCUUGCCUCCCAAACAUACUUUCUCUAUAUUCCGGUCAAAGGACAGUCCCCAGAUUCUACAAGAACGAAUAGAGGGCCUGGAAGCCUACCUCAGAGCCAUCGUCAGCUCAAAGGAUGAGCGCUGGCGAGAAACGUUUAUAUUUAAGGAGUUUCUAGGCAUCCCUACGACCAAGAAGGACGGUGUCGAAGGCGGCGCCCCUUCCGAAUUCACGUCGUCUUCAUGGAUAGACGAAUACAUGGACCUUAAGAGCCGCGUACAAGACAUCCGGACCGACGUCAACAAACGUGACGCGCUCGCCGACCGCGGAGACGUCGUGACAGCCCACUCAGUAAACGUCCAAGCGAAGAAGAAGCUCGCGGGUGUCCUAAACAGACUCGGAAACCUUACGAGAGGGCUCGAGGCCCUUGCUGCUGCGGGCUUGAGCGAAGGCGAAAUUCAGCGGCGCACACCAUUGGCUGCUCGUUUGCAGGAUGACUGCGAGAAACUUAGUACGAUGAUGAUUGCUUCUCGAAGCGGUUCGCGAGCAUUUGCUUCCAGUGUACCUGCGAAUCAGAACCCGGCGUCGGAGGCCGAUCGCUCGGACUUGCUAGGUCCGGCGCAAGCCUCUACGAACAGACCGUUUGCCCGAGUAUUUGGAGCAACUGAGCCGCCGCAGGAGACAGAACAGACUCGGCCGCUCGACGAUCAUGGCGUUCUCCAACUACAGCAGACGAAGAUGGAAGAACAAGACUCGCAAUUGUCACAGUUGACGACGAUUCUUGCUCGUCAGCAUCAGCUCGGUCUUGCGAUUAACCAAGAAAUAUCAGAGCAGAAUGAGAUGCUGGACGACUUAACAGGCGAAGUGGAUCGCGUAGGCGGUAAACUCAAGGACACGAGGAAGAAAUUGGAUCGAGUCGAUAACAGUUGA